AUGACAGCCUAUUCAUUAUUAGAACGACCAUUACAAAAAGGAUUUUCAAGGCGACAAUGGCAGACUAUCAUUGUCAUGAUCGGUGUAAUGUUUGUUCCGACACAUCACUCAGUACACAACGAAACUACAGCCUCUAUGCCACCUCCUUUCACACCACCUCAAAGAUCGAUUAAUUUCACUAUCAACAAUUCAGUUUAUUAUGUUGAUUUAGACAAAUACUCAAUAGAAGACCAUCUGUUACAAGUCUUUGGUGGACCCGUAUUCAAUUCAAUCCAGCAAAUCACAAUGGAUCGACUGGAGAAUGUGACACAAUCUCCAUGGGCGGAUAAAUGGCUAAGCCAAGCUGAAAAGCUAGAUGAUAUAAAUGCCUAUGCUUGUAGUCAACAACCUUUGCCUUACCCUAUCUUGCGUCGCAUGGCAAGAGAAUACUUUCCAGUUCAAAAUAACGAUGAUUUUUAUAAUAUAGAUGAUGCGCUUAAUUUAACAGCACCUUUUGUUAUCUUUCCUUCAGCCAAACAACGUGUGUUCCAGCCUGGACAACAGUUAUGUAUCCGUGUUGUGGUGCCAUUUCAGAAUGUAGGUAAAAACGAUCUAUACCGUUCCAUAUAUCGACCUUACGACCACAAUCAUCAACAAAUCACUUCUCCUUGGUGGGAUACCAUGAUGACAGUAUUGACAAACACCAAAACAAAUGCUACUGUGCCCAUUCAUAUGCAACCAUGGUUUGGACAUCGUUUGCUUCGUCAGCGAGCGCGAGACUUGAAUCAUGUCAACAAUCAAUUGCCUGAAUGGGCUCGACUACGCGGUGAUGUGAUGUAUGAACGUGAACGCAUGCAUAUUUAUGAAGCUCAAAUUACAUUACCAGAAAGAGGAAAGUGGGUUUUCUCUGGCUUAUUGGAAUUUGUGGAAGGCAGAUAUAAUUUUGAAUUUGGUCCUGUCACACCUUAUCAUCCUAUUGUUUUACCUGUGCUUCCUGCUGGCAGUGAAAAGGUACACAUUAGCACUAAGGAAAAAUCAGAUAAAGAGUAUUUUGAAGAACAUUUGGCUUUGCCUUUAUGUAUAGGAUUCAGCCAUCCUGGUCGUUGGUUGCCUAUGCCAAACAACACUACCGAAACACAAAAGGCACAAGUCGCAGGUGUCUUGCGAAACAACAAAUACUGGGCUCCUUUCCGUUGCCGAUAUCGCCAUAUCUCUUACGAAGCGUUUAAUCGGUGCGCAUCUAAGAAAUAUGCGCGUGGUAUGGAUCUUUACGGGGACUCGAAUAUUCGUCGUUCGAUAAAGAAAUUCCUUAGUCAUGGUCAAUGGUGCAAGGAUUGGGAACAACACAUCAAUACGCCCUUAUUACCAGAAAACAUGAAGCCAAUCAUUGGACAUCAAGUAGUUAAGAGAGAUGUACCCCCUCCUCCCCCUCCGCCGCCACCUUUUUCUCUUUUCCCUCCUCCGCCUGUACCUGAUCAAGGAAGAUACAAUUCACCAGAAGAAUACAAGUUCACAAAAGAUUCACAGACACGCAGUUGCUAUUGUGAAGAUUUCAGUGAAGAAUACUGGAACACUACUUGGUUUGAUCCUAUGGCUAGACAUUUCAAUAUGAGCUACGCCAACUCGUUAGCACAGACACAGGCUGUUGGCAGAACUGAAUGGGACGCUAUCAACGACACACUUCCAGAAAAAGACGUCUUCCGUGUCAGUUCAUACAAAUGGGAUGGCCUAACCUACCUGAAUUCUCCAGGAUGGGAUACUGCUGUUCCAACUACCACCAUACCUGCUGAUAUUGCUAUCUUUUCGCUCGGUAAUUGGGACGGUGCAUUCUCUGAACUUGAUGCCUUCUCCCUGGACUUGGACAGACUUAUUCAACAAAUCAAAGACCAUUAUGAUCUCAAUAAGACUAAAAUUAUUUAUCGCACAGCACAAUACUAUUGUUGUCGUAUUGAUGCGUCUGAACGUUCUCGACAAGUGAGUGGUCCUCGCAUGGAUAGUUUUGACAGUCUGGCCAGACUCAAAUUUAUCACGCAACUCAAGGCAGACAUUUGGGAUACCUACGCACUAGGAGAAAGCAAGACUUGGGAAGAAAAGAUAACAAGCAUUACAUGUCCUUCUAACCAUGUUCCUGCUGAUCAAGUUGAAAUUGAAAAUCAACUUUUAAUGAAUGGUCUCUGUAAUGGCAAAUAA